GCUUUGAUGGGAGAAGGAUCUAGAAACUCCCAAUUAAGUUAGCCACUAUAUAAAACCUGUUCUUCAUUCAGUAAGCAGCCAGAAAAAUCCUAAAGUUUCGUCUUCCUCGGUGGUUCUGUUCUCAAAGCUUUUGAAAAAGCAAACCCUAAAACUCUCAGUUCUUAGAGAUCGAGAGAUGUCGUCGGACACAGAGACGUUUGCCUUCCAGGCUGAGAUCAAUCAGCUUCUCUCCCUUAUCAUCAACACUUUCUACAGCAACAAGGAGAUCUUCCUUCGUGAGCUCAUCAGUAACUCUUCCGAUGCUUUGGACAAGAUUAGAUUCGAGUCUUUGACUGAUAAGAGCAAGCUCGAUGGUCAGCCAGAACUCUUCAUUCACAUCAUCCCCGAUAAGACCAACAACACCUUGACCAUCAUCGACAGUGGUGUUGGCAUGACCAAGGCUGAUUUGGUCAACAACCUGGGUACAAUUGCCAGGUCUGGAACCAAGGAGUUCAUGGAGGCUUUGGCUGCUGGUGCUGAUGUCAGCAUGAUUGGUCAGUUUGGUGUUGGUUUCUACUCGGCUUACUUGGUUGCUGAUAAGGUUGUUGUCGUCACCAAGCACAAUGAUGAUGAGCAGUAUGUGUGGGAGUCCCAGGCUGGAGGAUCCUUCACCGUUACCAGGGAUACCUCUGGUGAGGUCCUUGGUAGGGGUACCAAGAUGACCCUUUACCUCAAGGAAGACCAGUUGGAGUACCUUGAAGAGCGCCGUCUUAAGGAUUUGGUCAAGAAGCACUCUGAGUUCAUCAGCUACCCGAUCUCUCUCUGGGUUGAGAAGACCAUCGAGAAGGAGAUCUCUGAUGAUGAAGAAGAGGAAGAGAAGAAAGACGAGGAAGGAAAGGUUGAGGAAGUAGAUGAGGAGAAAGAAAAGGAGGAGAAGAAAAAGAAGAAGAUCAAGGAGGUGUCUCACGAGUUUGAUCUCAUGAACAAGCAGAAGCCUAUCUGGAUGAGGAAACCCGAGGAGAUCAACAAGGAGGAAUAUGCUGCCUUCUACAAGAGUCUCAGCAAUGACUGGGAGGAGCAUUUGGCUGUCAAGCACUUCUCUGUUGAGGGACAGCUUGAAUUCAAGGCUGUUCUCUUUGUUCCCAAGAGGGCCCCAUUCGACCUCUUUGACACCAAGAAGAAGCCCAACAACAUCAAGCUUUACGUCCGCCGUGUCUUCAUCAUGGACAACUGUGAGGAGAUCAUUCCCGAAUACCUUGGAUUUGUGAAAGGUAUUGUUGACUCAGAGGACCUUCCUCUCAACAUCUCCAGAGAAACUCUUCAGCAGAACAAGAUCCUCAAGGUCAUCCGCAAGAACCUGGUGAAGAAGUGCAUCGAGCUCUUCUUUGAGAUUGCUGAGAACAAGGAAGACUACAACAAGUUUUAUGAGGCUUUCUCCAAGAACUUGAAGUUGGGUAUCCACGAGGACUCUCAGAACAGGACCAAGAUUGCUGAGUUGCUCCGUUACCACUCCACCAAGAGCGGAGACGAGUUGACCAGUCUUAAGGACUACGUGACCAGGAUGAAGGAAGGACAGAAUGACAUCUACUACAUCACUGGUGAGAGCAAGAAGGCUGUUGAGAACUCUCCCUUCCUUGAGAAGCUAAAGAAGAAGGGAUACGAGGUCAUUUACAUGGUUGACGCCAUUGAUGAGUACGCCAUUGGUCAGCUCAAGGAGUUUGAGGGAAAGAAACUGGUCUCUGCCACCAAGGAAGGUUUGAAGCUUGAGGAAACAGAGGACGAGAAGAAAAAGAAGGAAGAACUCAAGGAGAAGUUCGAGGGUCUGUGCAAGGUGAUGAAGGAUGUAUUGGGGGACAAGGUUGAGAAGGUCAUCGUCUCUGACCGUGUUGUCGACUCACCCUGCUGUCUUGUCACUGGGGAGUACGGCUGGACCGCGAACAUGGAGAGAAUCAUGAAGGCUCAGGCCUUGAGAGACAGCAGCAUGGCUGGGUACAUGUCUAGCAAGAAGACAAUGGAAAUCAACCCAGAGAACUCGAUCAUGGAUGAGUUGAGGAAGAGAGCGGAUGCAGACAAGAAUGACAAGUCUGUCAAGGAUCUCGUCCUUCUCCUCUUUGAGACUGCUCUUCUCACCUCUGGUUUCAGCCUUGAUGAGCCCAACACCUUCGGAAGCAGAAUCCACAGGAUGCUUAAGCUCGGACUCAGCAUUGACGAUGAUGCAGGUGAGACUGAAGCUGAUGCUGACAUGCCACCACUUGAAGAUGACGCUGAAGCUGAAGGAAGCAAGAUGGAAGAGGUCGACUAAGUCCCCGGAUAGUAAUAGUAGUAGUUGAAACUGGCUUCGUUCUCUCUUUCUUUUUUUUUGGCAAUCAGCUUCGUUCUCUCUUUCUUUCUCUAUCAUCAGCUCUCUUUUGGGUUUUUCUCUUUUCUGGUUUCUCGGUCUCCUGAACUUUUGUUUUAUUACGACUCUUUAUCAUGUCUCCAACGAACAAGAUUUCCUUUGAAAUUCUACUUGUCUUAUUGUUAUGGUUCGAUCAAACCGGUGGUUUCAGUUUUGAUA